AUGGGGUCUGAUACAAGUCGGUUCAUAAUCCUCAUGGUUUUCUCUUCCUUGUUAUCCUCGAUUGUUUGCGGCGGCAGCUCCGGUAGCUAUGAUACCAAGGCUUUAGACGCUUUGUUUCGGUAUUACGCGAACCAGACAUUGAAUGAACAUCGUCGAACAGGUAUUUUACACCGAGUUUCACUUCCUUCUAAUUUCUCCGGCAUGAAGGUUUCUGUUGAUAGACUACGUAGCGGGAGUUUAUGGGGCCGAGGAGUCGAUUCUAAAUAUGUUAAGAUCCCACCUAGUGUUAGAACAUUGCCUUGCGUUAAAAGAUUAGCUAUAGUCUAUGAUAACAUGGGAAAUUGGUCUUCCGAAUAUUAUCACGUCCCCGGGAAGCCUAUUUCGAUCCGGUUUCCAUUCGUAGAGACGAAGGAGAAAAAUGUGACACGACUUAAAUGCGUCGUAUUCGGAAAGAACGGGUCGUUCGUGUUGAAGAACAUGACGAAGAGAGAUGUUUGCGUGACCGAAAAGGCAGGGCAUUUUUGCGUCGUGACACGGACGAAGUCGUCGAAGCCGGAGAAGGAGGAAGGGAGCGAGGGUUUGGAAAUGGUGGGUGAUAGGGUCGGUCUCGGUGGGAGUGAGGACGUCGAAAUGGUGGAGAGAGAGGAAGAUCAAAGACAUGGAAGGAAUCCGAUUCAUCAGUGGCGUUGGAUACGUUUGGGUCAGGGGAAAUCAUAA